ACCACGCUCACUAAUCCCUACUGCAUCUGAUUGUUCCUCCAGCCGUAUCCCUUUCGUUCCCCUGAACCACUUUACUACCCGCAGUAGUCUGUACUACUGAUCGGCGAGGCAUCAAAACCCCUCCUCUCUCUCUCUCUCUCUCUCAACUCUCAAGUGCUGAUCAUUUCCUUUUCCUCUCAGAGCCUCUCACUCUCACACUCACUCCCACAAUUCUCUUUUCUUUUCCUGCUCUUCUGGCGAAAACCAACGUAUUCUUUUUUCUUUCGAGUUUCAAAUUUCCGAAAUCAUCAUUUCGCAACUGAGCGGAGCAUGAAGUUGCGGAUCUAGCUAGAUUCUCCUGAAACAUUAGAGUGAUAAUGCCAAGGCAAAACCGAGGCAUGGAUUUGAUGAUCCCUGGAAAGAUCAGAAAGCGAGGGUGCACGUCGUCCGCGUCGUCCUCGUCUUCGAUACUCCAGAACUACAGGUUUAAGAGGGCGAUAGUGGUGGGCGGCAAGAGGGGCGGAUCGAGUACGCCCAUGCCCACAUGGAGGCUGAUGAGCUCGUCUCGAUCUCCGUCGUCCUCCACGUUCCGAAGGUCCAUGGAGUCGCCCAAGUACCCGGGCCAUGGCGGCAGGACAAAGCAACAGCAGCCGCCUCUGCAGGCCCCUGUGUCGGCGAGGAAGCUGGCGGCGACGCUGUGGGAGAUGAAUGAGAUGCCGUCUCCGAGUGUGAGGGAAGGCUCGGACGAGAGGCGGCUCAGGAAGGAGGCGGCCAUGAGAGCUAGAGAGAGGGCGGCCAGGUCCAUGCACUCGGGCUCCUUGCCUCCUCAUUUGUCCGAUCCGUCGCACAGUCCCGUUUCCGAGAGGAUGGAUCGGUCGGGAACCGGUAGCCGACGGAGGGGAACACCGUCUAUUUCUCAGAGGCUUAGGCUUUCCGAUCAGAACAAUGUGAGAGCUGUAGAUGCUCUUAGCAAUGCCAGUUUAAUGGAGAUUGAGAGCAGCAGAUCUCGAGCGCAGACUCCUAGUGCAUCCACAGUUGGUGGGAAGACCCGUUUGAAGGAUGUUAGUAAUGCUCUAACCACAUCUAAGGAGCUACUCAAGAUAAUCAACCGUGUAUGGGGUCACGAAGAUCGGCCUUCCUCUAGUAUGUCGCUAAUCUCGGCCUUACAUGCUGAGCUAGAGAGGGCACGUUUGCAGGUCAAUCAACUUAUCCAAGAGCAGCGUUUGGACCAGACCGAGAUCAACUACUUGAUAAAGUGUUUUGCCGAAGAGAAGGCGGCGUGGAAAAGCAAAGAACAGGAAGUUGUUGAGGCUGCCAUUGAGUCUGUUGCGGGAGAGCUCGAGGUGGAGAGGAAGCUGAGGCGGCGGCUUGAGAGCUUGAACAAGAAGCUCGGGAGAGAUCUGGCAGAGACGAAAACGUCACUUGUCAAGGCUGUGAAAGAACUCGAGAGCGAGAAGAGAGCGAGAGAAAUAGUAGAAAAAGUGUGUGAUGAAUUAGCCAGGGAUGUUGGCGAAGAUAAAACCCACAUGGAAGAAAUGAAGAGAGAAUCUGCAAAAAUUCGUAAAGAGGUUGAGGAGGAAAGGGGAAUGAUGCAAUUGGCCGAUGCUUUACACGAGGAGAGAGCUCAGAUGAAACUCUCGGAGGCAAAACAUCAGCUCGAGGAGAAAAAUGCAGCUGUUGAUAAAUUGAGGAAUCAACUUGAAUCCUUUAUGGGGACCAAAAGAGCUAAAGAAAGAGGGCGUAAUUCUGUGAGCCAUCCGAAUGAUAAAGACAUGAUUGCUGCCUUGUUAAGUAGAGCUCGAGUUGGUACCCAUUCCAGCGAAGAAAAAGAAGAGGAUGGAGGAGAAGUAGAAGAUGGAGAAGAGUGUGAAGAAGAAGAAGACUCAGCUGAAAGUGAUCUUCAUUCCAUAGAACUGAAUAUGGACAACCAUAACAAGAGCUAUAAGUGGACUCAUGCUUCUGGGUUUCGUCGUGAUCCAAGAAUGGUUCAAAUCGAUGAAGAAGAAAUCAAAGGGAGGAAGUCUACUACCUCCGGGAGAGGACCCAGGAGCAGCACUUCUCUGCAGAGGAGUGUGUCGGAUGGUGUUGAACUACACAAUACGGAUAGGAUAGACUGGGAGAGAUUCUUGAAACUACCUAGAGUUUAUGCCAGUCCAACACGGCAAAUGGGGCCACCGUGGCCUUCCCGUGAUCAUGUCAAUGCGGCUCAGGAGCGACCUGCUGUGGUGAUGGGAGUUGGUUUAAAAUCGAGGCUGGCGGAAGCCAGAGGUGAAGGUCACGGUGCAAGAAAAUCAAGGCGGUAAAGAAUGA